UCAGUGGGUGUUUCCUCUAACCCUGGGUGGUGAGUUCUAGAGCACUGGAGGCCUGGGCUCCUUUUCAGCCUGACUCUUGGCUGUCUCCAGCGUUCCUGGGACUUUCUGGAAAGUAGAAUGUGCUACAGAGGGAAGGAGUGGUAUCUGGUCCUGGAACUGCUGCUGCUGCCUCAACUCUUCCGGGUGAACAGCAUCCAAGCUCGUUCAGAACAUAGGGUGUUCGCGGUCACUGGCAGCACUACGAGCCUGGACGUCCCCAAGCCUGGUAGCUACCAACGAUUUGCCUGGAUUUAUUUAGCUGACAGCCAGAAGAUUGUAGAAACAAAUGUGAACCAACAGCCUACCUGGUUCCAGCCUGCACUUCAAGGCAGGAUCCAUCUUGAGAACAAUGGCACGCUGAACAUUUAUAGAGUCCAGAAAAAUGACAGCACCGAGUAUCUCCUGCAGGCAUUGGAAACAAGUGGGGUUGAGCAAGAAUCACUUUUCCUACUGGAGGUGCAUGACCCUGUAUCCAAACCAGUCAUAAAAGCUGAGGAGAAAAAGGAAGAGAACAGCAGCUGUUACCUGAAACUAUUAUGUGAGACCUCGAGCAAGUCUGUAAACUACACUUGGUAUGUGGACUCAGCGCUCUCUCAGCAAGAACACCAGAAUGCUGUGUUUGAAAUCCCCCUUAAGCCAGAAUAUCACCCCAAGUCUUUCACCUGCAAAGUCAGCAACCCAGCAAGCAGCCAGAGUGACAAGGUUUACUUCAUUCCACCCUGUGAUGUGGCUCGAUCCUCUGGAGUAGCUUGGAUUGCAACGUGGCUAGUGGUCAUGGUACCUGUUGUUCUUAGCCUCCUACUUCCCUAAGAAGAGUUCUUCAAACCCAAGAGUGAAACUUCAGGACCAAAAAAUCUUACCUUCGUCAGCAACCAUGCACAAGAUCACUUAACCAAGACAGGAAGUCUGGCUAUAUGGGUAGAGGAAAGUGUGUUGUUGAAAAUCUAUGAUUUUCAAAUUAACUUUUUUUUUUAAAAACCAUUGUUAAUAUGUCAAGAGCCCUGGUGGUGCAGUGGUUAGGUGCUUGGCU